AUGCCCCUGGUACUCUCAAAAGCAAAGGAAUCAGAUGCUACACGCAUUGCGGAUAUUCACAUGGCCGCAUUUGGGUCUAAUGAGAUGCUUCUUGCGCAAUUCCCAACGCCUGCUGCUCGAAAAGGGCUGUGGGUUUCGCUCGUGGAGAAGGUUGUAUCCGAGUUGAGAGAUCCGAAAUGGGCUAUACUCGUUAUCCUACAUCACGACCACUGCAAAAUUAUCAGUUUUGCUAAAUGGUGCCUUCCAAUAUCUAAAUCUGAAGGUUACGAAGAGCAUCCUUGGCGAUGGCCAAAGGAGACGAAUAUGGCUAUUCUGAAUCAAUGGACCAAAAAAAUCGGGGCUGCAAAUGAUAAAAUUCUUCGUGAUUUGCCCUGUUAUCGUUUAAGUUUCAUUGGAACGGAUCCAAAGUAUCAAGGAUUAGGGGCGGCAUCCUUAUUACUGAAAUGGGGAUUAGAUCGUAGCAGAGAGGAGAAUGUCCCUACUGUUUUGGAAGCCACACCUAAUGCGACUCCUUUCUACCAAAAAUUUGGUUUCAGGGCUGAAGAGCGUAUAUCGAUGCAGCUAGAAGCUGUAAACAGAAAUAGAGAACCUGUGUUAUAUGAAGAGAUAUACUUUGUUUCGUGGCCAAUCAUGCCCUUGGGGCAUGAAACAUUUACAAAAUCGGAGCCACUUUGCGUGGAAAGUGCACACAGCACCGCGAAUUAG